GCGCCAAACUUCAAAUAUAUUUUAUGAGGUUAGGUUAGGUGAAAUUUUGAAAUUAUUUUCUGGAUAACUUUCAAUAAAAUGGAAGACAAGGAUCAUACUACUUGUCCAAUUUGUAACAAAAGUUUCCUCGUUAAUGAUAUCCAACAACACGCAAAUAGAUGCAUAUUCCUGAACUGUCCUGAUGAAAAACGAAAACGUUCACCUUCUCCUGAACAACAAAAUAGCCAAGCUAAACUAGUGUUCAAUCAGAAAUCACCAAGAGACAUGGCUCGUGAGACUCCACCUAGUGAACCUAGUAAACAGAGUAAUGAACCGCAAAUGAAUGGUAGCUUAUCCUUCUUGGUCCCUUUGGCCAAACAAGUGCAACCAAAGACACUAGGAGAGUUUUUCGGCCAGAGUAAGGUUCUAGGUAAAAACACUGUGCUACACAACCUAUUACAGCAAGGAGAAAUACCAAACAUGAUUCUUUGGGGUCCACCUGGAUGUGGGAAAACAUCACUAGCAGGGAUAAUCAAUCACAUCUGCAAGGAAAAUCCUAAGAAGCUCAGAUUUGCCAGUCUUUGUGCAGCAAGUUGUGGAGUCAAAGAUGUACAGAGUGUAAUAACUGUUUCAAAAAAUGAGAUGAAAUAUGGUAGGAAAACAGUGUUAUUCAUGGAUGAGAUUCAUGCAUUCAACAAGAAACAGCAAGACACCAUGUUGCUGAGUGUUGAAAAGGGGGAGAUAACAUUAGUAGGUGCUACCACUGAGAAUCCAUCUUUUUCUAUAAAUUCUGCUUUGCUGAGUAGGUGUAGGGUGAUUGUCAUGGAAAAACUGGGGCAAGAUACUUUGAUGAAGAUACUGGAAAAUGCUGCAAAAAGUUUUGAUGUUUCUAUUAUCCAUGAAGGCGCAGAAGCAAAGUGUGGAGCUGGUACAAAAGUGUCAAUUGAGAGUGCUGCAUUACAAUUUUUAGCAGAUUUUUGUGAUGGAGAUGCUAGAAUAGCUUUGAAUAAUCUACAGUUGGUGAUACAGCACAAUAAUAGUAGUGGGAAAUUGAUCAGUAUUGAGGAUAUCAAAGAAGGUGUGAAAAAGUGCCACAUGCUGUACGACCGGCAAGGCGAAGAACACUACAACCUCGUAUCGGCCAUGCACAAGUCGAUACGGGGUAGCGAUGCCAACGCCGCCCUUUACUGGACCGCUCGGAUGUUAGCGGGCGGCGAGGACCCCCGCUUCAUCGCUCGCCGGCUAGUGCGGGCGGCCAGCGAAGACGUGGGCAACGCCGAUCCGGCCGCCCUGCCGUUGGCCGUGGCGACUAUGCAGGGUUGCCAGCUGUUGGGCAUGCCCGAGGCGGACGUUUUACUGGCGCAGUGCGCGAUUUAUUUGGCGCGUGCGCCCAAGUCGAGGGAGGCGGAUGAGGCGCUGGGCAGAGCGAAGACUGUGGUGGGGACAUGGAAGGGGCGGCAACCUGCGGUACCGAUGCACCUUAGGAAUGCGCCUACCGGGCUGAUGAAGAAGCUGGGUUAUGGGAAACCGGAGGAGGGACAAGAAGGAACCUUUAUGCCACCAGAACUUGAAGAUACCGAUUUUUUCGACUGAGAAGUUUCUCAUUGCGAUUUUUUUCUCCUUGUACAUAUUGUGCAUACAUUUCGAAUAUACUAUAUUUUUAAGUAAAUGAAAACUGUGCAU